CUUUGGUCUGCGUCGGUCUGCGAUUUGCCUCAGUCCCCAGACUGUUCUUUGCUCGCUCCAAGGUUCUCCUUUUCACAUUUCAACGCCUCGCGCUGCCUUUCCCUUUAUUCUCUCUCCGAUCGCCACUCCGACUCGUCUUUUCAGAGCCUGUCCACAGUCCUUCCUUUGGUUGCUUUUUCAAACUACCAUCACUCUCUUUUUUGAUCUUCCAUUCAGUCUCUCCUUCAACUUCGUUUUUAUUUGCACUACAUUUUAUAAUCCCCGCAUUCCUCAGUAUACAAAUACGAGAUCACCCGACUCCGCAGCAUCUGAGACAUUCUAUACCUGAAUUGUUGUGUAGAGACUAUACUAUCAAUCAUCUCAUCAGCCAAUAUGCGCUCAGUUUUCUUCCUCGCCCUCAGCGCCGUCGCGACUCUGGUCGCCGCGCGUGAAAACCCUUUCAACAUCCCCUCAAGCGGAUAUGAGUUCACCGCUGGCGAGCCCACUACCUUGAGCUGGGAUCCUACUACUGAAGGAACCGUGACUCUCAGGCUCCAAUGGGGCGACGCCUUCACCUCCUCAACUGGUGAAACCAUCGUCUCUGGUAUCCCGAACUCGGGCAGCUACACCUGGUCUGUGCCUGACGAGAUCGCUGAUCGUGACGACUACUCCGUCGAGAUCGUCAGCGACACAGACCCCUCGACCAGCAACUACCUUCCCCGUUUCUCGAUCGCCGGUGCCGAGGAGGUCACUUCCACCACUACUACUGAGACCUCCACGACAACUACCGAGACCAGCACCACCAGCACCACUAGCACCAGGACGACAACCACCAGCACCACCACUACUGAGACCACCGAGACCACCGAGACCCCGACUCCUACCCCGUCCCCGACCAGCUCUACCAGCUCGACCACUCUCACCACCACCACUACCACUGAGAGCAGCACCUCGGAGUCCGCAACCCCGACUCCUACCGAGGUCCCCAGCGUCAACGAUGACGACAACGCGGGCAUGUCCAACCGCGUCUCCGGCUCUAUGCUGGCUCUUGCCCUUGGCGUCAUCGCCCUCAUCUAAGCAUGUCCCUGUCGUUUCUAGUCGGCCUAUCCUUCUAUAAAGUAUAAUCCAAUUCUUAUCGGCCGCUUCCAGCGCGUGCCGGUUAUUGAUUGGGCUAUCCUCUUUCCUUUUUUCCUUCUUCGCCCGUUGUUAACUUACGGACGUGCAUGCGUUGCGUGUUUUCUGAAUGUAGUGGUAUCAGAAGACAUAUUUGGAUGGAUACAGUACCUUGUGUCGUUCACGUGUGUUUACAAAUGUGGCAGCCUGACCUGAAUACCCCAGUGUUUGUUACCUCUGCUUCGUUGGAUGGGAGGAAUCAGUGGAUAUAUCGGUAAUUGGCCUUUUUUUCCCUGGCAUGCAUCAUGUAUAUAUGUAUCCUGUAAUGAAUGUGCGACGUCCCUUUUUAAGCUUUGGUACGUAGUAGGCACGGCUCGGCCGCCGGGAAAUUGACCUGUCAUACCCACUUGCUGAUGGUAGGGCAAAUCAGAUUUACGGGCCAAUGGACGAUGAGAUAGUCGUAACGAGUACGUACUACUGCUGGAGCUUCAAGGUUGCAUUGCCGUUGCAGGAGACAUGUACGUUGACUGUUGACACAGCGGCCGUUGACUCGGCUGGCUUAAGCGCCGGA